CGUCUAGGCUACUUCCUGAAAAAAAGAUAGAAAGAAAACAGCCUACUACUUCGUUACGACUGCUUUUUAUUUUAUUGUGAGCAACGACAGACGUUUCUGUCACCAAACUACCAUCAGCUAUUCAAUUUUGAACAUUAUAAACGAGAAAUGUCAAUUUGGGACGGUGGCUUCAGCAGUGCAAGGGCAGGUCCGAUUCAAACAGGUGGAAAGAGUGGGACAGUACUAGCGCGUGACGGCGGCUCGUGAAGGCAGUAUUACAACCCGCAUGGCGUUUUUGUUUGAAACAUCAGUAUUGAAAUAAUUCGCUCAAUUCGUUUUUGCUAAGCAUUCUCACGCCAGUAGGCUAUGACAUCAACAGGCUUGUGCCACAUCCCGUAUUAGAACGCUCGCGCCGGUCGUUUAAAAAGUGGGCCGUUAAAGUCUGUUACGCUGAGCUCUUUUUGUCCCUUCCUGGAGCCAGGAAGGUUUGCGUAUUUUUUUACGUUUACGGUAUCGACCCUCGGGGUUUUUCCCACUUAUACUGGUCCUCGAGCCGUUUACGCACAGGUGGGAGAUACCCGCUUGGUAGGACGGCCCCCUCUCUCAGUUCCUCAGCGGAUGAUGUGAGCAAGUGACAUUUGCCGUUGAGGUUUGGGACAGUAAGCGAGGCGUCUCUGCAAACAGGUGUGCGACUGCCCGAAACAGGCACACAUAAUACGACUUUAUUUCGCCUUGUUUAGCGGAGGCGGACCUCCAGCACCGGUGUCGAAGCGAUCCAUCCUCGUAGCGGGACAGGGAGAGGAGGGGGAGUCUACUAUCAUUUUCAGGCGUUGUAGUUGCAUUUGGUCGUUCGAAUAGGGGCACGCGGCUCACAAAGAGGAAGGAAUGGCAACUAAGAAACCAUGCGCGGAUUUAACAAAAAGGAGCCGAAGUCCCGUCGUGCUGGAGGCAGAGAUGUUCAGCGAAUUUCAGGACUGGUGUCUCCGGACUUACGGAGACUCGGGUAAAACAAAGACCGUCACACGCCGAAAAUACAACAAAAUCAUGCAGACCCUGCUACAGAACGAGGAGUCCGACGGUGUCUAUGUCGACAACAGCCACAUAAACGCCAAAUUCAAAUUCUGGGUGAAGUCCAAAGGCUUUCAGGUCGGCAGCAACAUCUUGGGCGAGCACAACAAGAAAGAGGCAUCGGGGAAGCCCGUCCUGUACGUUCCUGUCAAGUCUACGCAGUGUUCAGAUGGAGGGGCGGCCCAGGACAGCUCCUUGAAGCGGGUUGCUGUAGUGGAGGAUUUUUUUGAUAUCAUCUAUGCCAUGCAUGUUGAGAUGGGGGCGGAUCCUGGUAGAGCACCCAAACACGCCGGCCAGAAAAAAACCUAUAAGGCGAUUGCAGAGACCUACGCAUUUCUUCCACGUGAGGCGGUGACUCGUUUCUUGAUGAGUUGUGGAGAAUGCCAGAAAAGGAUGCACAUCAACCCCAGCACGGCAGAGUUCAAAGAGAAUGACCGGCCCACUUCCCUGGUCCCAGACCUCAUCGACUACAACAUGCCUCUCACUGCCACCUAUCUAAAACAGAUGAAACUACAGUGUAUGAACACUAAUGAGCAGGAUGAGAGUUCGGUAAGCAGUGAGGAUUUGGACAUGGCUGAGCCCGCGUGGGUCUCUACUGAGCGUGCUCCAGCCGCAGAGCCUAGCAGCCCCACCGCCCCGUACACAGAGAGGAUGCCUACACCCCCACAGCCCAGCAUUAAAGAGGAAGAAGAUGAUUCUUCUUCAGAGAAUAGCAGCACAGUUAACGGUCUCCCUGCACUGACUCCGCCUGGUGGUGCUGCCAUGGCGACAGGAGGAGUUCCUGCAUCUGAGGGGGUGGUUCCAUACGGUGAGGUGAACGGUAAUGGUGCCGCAGCGCCGCUGGACUUCAGCACUACUUCAUCGUCCUCUUCCUCACAGGAGGGACAGCAGCCUGUCAACCUGAGUGACAGACUGUUACCCGGAGUAACGCUUGGAUCCUACUCAUCUGACCCUAACAGAAAAUUCCCUGUCAAAACUGAGUACAAUAACAAGUCUCCUCAGUACAGCUCAGGAAGCUAUGACUCUGUGAAGACAGAACUGAGCACGUGCGGGGAAGACAUGACCCCGGGUCGCUCUCAGGUCAUUGACGAUGAUGAUGAGGAUCACGAUGACCAUGACGACAGCGACAAGAUAAAUGACGCUGAGGGUCUGGACCCCGAACGACUUAAAGCUUUUAACAUGUUCGUGCGGUUGUUUGUGGAUGAGAAUUUGGACCGGAUGGUUCCAAUCUCAAAGCAGCCCAAAGAGAAGAUCCAGGCCAUCAUUGAGUCCUGCAGCCGCCAGUUCCCAGAGUUCCAAGAACGUUCUCGCAAACGGAUCCGAACCUACCUCAAAUCCUGUCGCCGCAUGAAGAAGGGUGGCUUCGAGACACGGCCCACACCCCCUCACCUCACCUCCGCCAUGGCUGAGAACAUCCUUGCAGCAGCAUGUGAGAGUGAAACACGUAAUGCUGCUAAGAGGAUGCGCCUUGACAUCUAUCAGGCCCAUGAUGAGUCGGUUACAGCAGACAAGCCAAACUCCAGAGAUCCGGCUGCCCUGGCUAACUCAGGCUUCUCACUGGCCGCCGCGGCCUACUCCCAGGACCAACUCUACACCAAUGGUGGACUUAAUUACAGUUUCCGUGGAUACGGGACCCUUGGCAACAACGUCCAAAACAAUGGCACAUCACAAACCAAUGGGCCUACUGAUCUCAGUAUGAAAUCUUUGGCAUCCAACAGCACUUCCUCCUCCAGUUCAAACAGUCAUGGUCAGGGUGGAGGGGGUGGAGGGGCAUCUGCCCAGCUCAGCCCGCCCGAGGUCACGGCUGUUCGGCAACUGAUUGCAGGUUAUCGCGAGUCUGCGGCCUUCUUGCUCCGCUCUGCUGAUGAGCUCGAGAACCUCAUUCUGCAGCAGAACUGAGAACUGCACACAGGCUGGUGCUGCCCGUCUUUCUCUCAUAAACACACAUACCGUACACAUAAAUGCACACUAUGACAGGAAAGAUACAUGUAGCUAUGUGCACUUACAUACAUAUACACCUAAAGUCCAUAGGCGGAGUUUCACUUCGCUUGGGGGG